GAUGAGUGAUCCUGAUGUACCACCCGAAAGACCAAAAUAUAGAGCUGGUCGCAAACCAACCGCUGUCAAGAUUUAUACCGUGAACCACGAGUCCAAGUAUUUAGUUGUAGAAAACGUACCAGCGUUGGGCCUAAGCAAAGAAUUAAUAGAAGUUUUUUCCCUUUAUGGAGCUAUUGAAGAAUAUCGGUAUUUAGACGAUUAUCCAUGUGAACAAUUUACAGACGUAUAUUGGAUAAAAUUUCAAUCAAUUGCUGAAGCUAGAGUGGCAAAGAGAAAGGUUGAUGAUCACUCUUUCUUUAGCUCUUAUCUAAGAGUACGUUACGGACCUGAAUAUGAAACUAUCGAAGAUACACGACAAAAAUUACAGGAUAGGCGUAAUGUUGUUGCAAUCAAGACUCGCGAAUAUAAUGAUGAAAAUAAAGAUAAGGAUGCCAAAUCGACGACACUUAAUGUUACCACCUUCCCAUCAACGUAUUCUACGGCAGAGUCCACAUCAACUUCUUUAUUGCCACCCAUAAACAUCUAUCCACAAAUGUAUGAUCAUACCAAUUACACGUAUUCAGAUUAUAAUUAUUCAUAUCCUUAUUCAAUAUAUUAUAGUCAAUAUAAUCAAGAAGUAUCAAUACCAAGUGUUGAUUAUCAACAUAGUCAAUAUAGUCAAGAACCACCAAUACCAGGCGUCGAUUAUCAACAUAGUCAAUAUAGUCAAGAGCCACCAACAUCAGGUGUAACAUCAGGUGUCGAUUACCAACAUAGUCAAGAACCUCCAAUACCAGGUGCCGAUUUUGAAUCUACAAGUUUUGCUGCUGCGUCAUAUCCAUUACGGUUUACUCAACCCUAUGAUUCACAAUCUUCCACAGUCCUCUCAAUACGACAACGAUUAAAAGAAGUUUCAACAGUAUCGACAACAUUACCACAAAAAAAUACGAGCAACAUACAAUCAGAGGAACAAUCAAAAACGACAUCCGAACGAAAAUUAUCUGUUUCGGAACCUAAGAAACGUCGAAGAAUUUAG